GGACAGAUUAACGUUUAUCGCUUAGUUCACAUCUCCCGUCUUAAAGGGGUAUACCACCAACCAGUUGCGUAGAAUUGAUGGGCGAAGAAAAGUCUGAGACGCACAGAAGCAUCGCAUAGCCGUGAAUGAGACAUCCACAGAUAGUGAAUGAGCAUGUCGACGCUGCUGGAACUGAAAAGCAGUGUGCUGAGGCAGGUGCAGAGGAGUCAUUCCCUGAGGACCAGGAGGGAGCCACAAGCCUCCACCUCCAGUGGUGUUGGAAGUCCCCCGACUCUCGUACGCCGCUGUGGGACCAUGGUACACAGGGUUGCCAGGGGAAAUGGGGAGUUCUUUGACCGCAUGAAUAAAAUCCUCCAGAAACAGGAUAGUCUGCUGCCUGCCAGCCAAACUGAGGAGGACAGCAGCUGCACUCCUCCACCCCCAGAGUGCAAGGACAAGGCUUUUGUUCCAGAGAGAGCAACCAGGGAUGAGCUUGACUUGUUGUAUGAGGAGGCGAUCUACACCGUGGUCAAUCGGGUCGGGGUGCCAUCGCCUGAGUAUGUCACAAAUGAAGGGGACAUUUUCAGCUACCUGCAGAAGGUCUUUGAUAUGGGUCAAGAGGAACACAACAUUAUCCUGCAGAGAGUGAGAGAAGCCAAGAGAGCCAGCUUUUCUCUCAGGGUCUCUGUAAUGAAAGGCAAAAAUCUCAUGGCAAAAGACGCCAAUGGCUACAGUGACCCCUACUGCAUGCUGGGAAUUCUCUUGGGACAAUCGCCCAAAGAGACAGAGGAGAAGAAGGAGAGGAAGUUCAGCUUUCGCAAGAGACGGGAAAAAUUAGAGAAGCGUUCCAGUGUUAAGGAGGUACUUGCGGGCAGAGAUAUCCAGGUGACUGAUGUCAAACCUGAGACUCUGAACCCGGUGUGGAAUGAACACUUUGUUUUUGAUAUUGAUGAUGUUCACAAUGACCUCCUGCAUUUGGACAUAUGGGACCAUGAUGAUGAUGUUUCUGUUGCUGAAGCUUGUAAGAAGCUGAAUGAAGUCAGUGGACUCAGAGGAAUGGGCAGAUAUUUCAAGCAAAUUGCCAAAUCCGUGAGGGCUAACGGGGCCGCCGCGUCAGGAAGUGAGGAGAAUGCUGAUGACUUCCUGGGAUGUAUCAACGUCCCACUGAAUGAGAUCCCAGUCAUUGGUUAUGAUAAGUGGUUUAAGUUAGAGCCGAGGUCCAGUGCCUCUAAAGUUCAGGGAGAAUGUCACCUGAUUCUCCGCCUCUUCACCACACAGAGAGACACGGCAUUAUGUAAAAUGGCCUCUAAUGUGACCGUUCACAAGAAGAUGCUGAGUCAGAUUCUGGAGUACGAACACAAUCAAAUUCAGAAAGAGCCUUAUAACUGGAAUGGACAGGUGUGUGCGGCUGCAUGGACCAUGCUGUCCCAUCAUGCAGUGCAGGCUGACCUCUCCCCUUUGCAGCAGGCCAUCAUCCGUUGGCAGUGUUACAGCAGUCAUCACCGCUCUCAGAGGAUGAGCUACGCUCUGCUCCUCAGACUGCUGAAAACAGUGGAGGCAGAGUGGGAGGAUACUGCCGUGAAUGGGGAGCUGGAGGGUCUCUUGGCAGAGAGCUUCAGGCUUUACUGUGAUUACUGCCUGUAUCAAAUGAAGAGCAUGCGUCAAGUAUUCCCCUGCAACAAUUCAUCUGCCAUCAUACGCUGUGAGCUUAUGCUGAGGAGCAUUGGUCACAUGCAGUCAAUGGCAGCCUUUAGAUUGGUGUGUUCAAACCGCAAUGAACUACACUUGGAGAUAGCAACAGUUAUAAAGAGAGGCACAGUUGAGUGGUAUGAAGGAAUAAUAUCAAACAUUAAACCAGAUGAAGGGACUCUUGAGGAACAGUUGAGGCGUUUGGUUAUGGUGGUAGAUGCUGUUUGUGUUGAUGUGCAGAGAGGGCAAAAUGUCUACAACAAGCUUUAUUACAGCUCUGUGAAGGUUGACUUCUUCAGUAUCUCCUACCGGCAGUUAGAGAAACUUGUGGCAGAUGACGUGAGUGUUGCGAUGGAGCGAGUAUGUGGGAACCUGGAGCAGGAGAGUUCUCGGCUCACCCAAACGAUGGGAGAGACCCUGUUUGAGCUCUACAUGUCUCUUAAGACUCUCAAACGCUUCAGGGAAUUCCUGCCACUCAAAGAUACUAAGACGUUGGCUCUAGCUGGAUUUCACAACUGGUUCAAAACCUCUAUUCACAAAUGGUUGCAGAUUGUACAUGAAAGGUCCACUGACAGGAUCCGUAAAGCAGUGGAGAUGGAUCAGUUGGAGCCGAUCCAGAGUCAGACUAAACACAGCUCCUCGGCGGUGGAUGUUACAACAUGUUUCAGCCAGGUUCGGGAGUUCUGGGUCCAGCUGGCAUGGCCUGAUUCAGCGGGAGCCUUCAUUUUCAUCACAUGCUUGACGGAUAAUUUCUGCAGUGAGGCAAUGUGUUAUGCUGAGCUGAUCAAGCACAAGAUUGAGAGGGGCCAGCUAGGACAAGACCACAAGAGCUUCAUUGUGCAGGUUUGCAUUGCUCUUAAUAGCACAGAGCAUGUGCGUGUUUACCUGGGGGGUCUGCCACGGGAGCUGGACUGGCGGGGGGUCCAACAGGCCAUGGAGGAGUCGUGCGGUUUGGAAGGGAAGGAGCAGGUCAACAAUUCUUUGAAUGGGCAGCUCUACAAUGCUGACAUCGACCUGCAGAGGGAGGCUAACCGCCUAAUCACACACCUUACUGAUAAGAUGCUUCCUGAACUCAGGAGAUGCAUUCAACACAUCAGCCUCUCUCCAGACUCCAUCAACAAUGAUGAGGCAGUGGCUCCUCUGAUGAAGUACCUGGAUGACACUCUAGUCAUCCUCAAUGAGUCACUGGUUAAAGAGAAUCUAACAAGGGUUCUGCAGAGCCUGUGGGAGCUGCUCCUGCGCAUGAUCCUGGACACUGUGGCGGAGAACAGAGGUGUCCAGGUGGAAUUUUACGCACGCUUCCAGUACACGGUAGAGACACUGGUGCGUUUUUUUAAUUCUGAUGGAGAAGGGCUGCUCCUAGAGGACCUUAAAAGUGGAGAUUAUAAGGCCCUGGACGAUGAGUUGCGUCUGAACAAGUGCUCCUCCUUUGAGCUGAUCGAGCAGUAUUUCCUGGAGAAAAUCUCCCAGCAGCGAAUCCUAAAGCACAGUCGGUUUGGUCGUGUCAGUGUGAAGUGUUACUAUGAUGCCCCUGAGCAAAGACUCACUGUGGAGAUACUGCAUGCAGCUGAUCUCAUUGCACUAGAUGCUAACGGCCUCAGUGAUCCAUUUGUGAUCGUGGAGCUCUGUCCUCAUCACCUCUUCCCGACAGCUCGGAGUCAGCGCACUCAAGUAAAACUCAAAACUCUGCAUCCUGUGUUUGAUGAGCUUUUUUACUUCCAUGUUAGCCCUGAGCAGUACAGGCACAGGUGUGCCUGCCUGACCUUCACUGUGAUGGAUUAUGAUUGGUUGUCCACCAAUGAUUUCGCUGGCGAGGCCUUGGCCCCACUGAGUGACUUCUGCUGGCCAGGCAGACCGAGUGCCACGCCCGCUGGAAAGACCCUUCAACCCGUCAUCCUGCACCUGUCCCGCCAAAAACCAAGUGAGAAGCCCAUCAUGAAGAUGCUUGAGGCGAGAACAGGAGACAGAGAGGCGCAAGAGUUUGUACGAAAGCUCAAGGAGAUUGAGAAGUCAAUGGAGGAAGAGUAAUGUUUCCCCUGUAGUGCACGUAUUUCUGAUGUAGUCUUUUUUUACUUGUUGUACCAUGUUUACUCUUCAAAUGCAAACUCUUUUAAAUGUGUAUUUUUCGUGUUUAAAGAUCAGUAUUUUAUCACUGUUCAGCACUCUGUGCUGUGGUUUAAUGUUGAAGCCCACUGAUGGAGCAUAUUGUUAAUAGAACUGUAUGAUUUUAGCAGUAGAAGGGACUAUUUUGAAAAAAAAAAAAAUGACACAAAAGUGUAUUUGAGGUACAGAUUAGCUUGUCUUGAACUUUGAAAUACUGAGGAGACAAUAAACAUAUUUUACUUUUGAGGAUUUUCAACAAACAAAACAAACAAACAAAAAAAAAGUACUAAAAUGUAUCUAUAAGCCACAGUUUUGAAAGUGUAGCACAGGGCAGGAAAGAUAGAAUCUUGAUAAUUUUUCGUGUAAUCAAAAAGCAAGAACCUAUACACUAAUGUUUACCUUAUUAUUGAUCGAAAGUGUUCUCUGUUCACUCUUAUCAAGGAAAAUACUUUCAGAGAAUUUGUUUAAAUCUUAAACUGUGAAUGUCAAGUAUUUGUCCUUGAAUCAAUCUGGGUUGUGUUGAGAUUUUAUUGCAGCAUUUCUGUAAGAUGUUGUCUUUCCUAAAGAAUGUAUUUGUUUAUGCCAAGUGGUUCUUCAAUUUAUGGGUUUAGUGUUUUAUUGUAUUUUUCUCUGCCAAAAUUAACAGUUUUUAUUGGUAGUAAAUGAUUAUAGAAAAAUUAAGGUCUAAUUUAGGAUAUUUCUCACAUUACAAAGGCUUCUUACUAUAAUUUUCGGGAUCACUUACAAAAAAUACUGUCGUGAUACACUGUUAAAAAAAUGUUGUCAGUUAACUUGUAGUAACAUCUAAGUGAACUGGUUUUAUUCAAGUUUUAAAAAAUAUUAUUUAAUAUAACUGACUUCAUUAGGUUACACCAAUGCAAGUAAUGUUUAAGGGUUAAGGAAUAGUUCACCCAUAAAUAAAAAUUUUCUCAUCAUUAACAUUAGCCUCAUGCCAUCCCAGAUGUGUAUGACUUUCUCUCUUCUGCAGAACACAAAAGAUUUUUAGAAGAAUGUGUCAGUGUAGGUCCAUUUAAUGCCAGUGAAUAGUGACAAAAAUGUUGAAGCUCCAAAAAGCACAUAAAAACAGCAUAAAAGUAAUACAUACAACUCCAGUUGUUUAAUCCAUGUCUUCAGAAGUGAUCCAAUUGGUUUGGUGUGAAAAACAGACCAAAAUGUAACUCCUUUUUCACUAUAAAUCUUGCCAUCAGCGGUCUCUAGGCACCAUCAUGAUUUCCUCUAGCACAGAGCACUAGAUGGCGCUGGGAAGUGUAAUUGAGCUUGAAAUCAUGAUCGCCAAGAAGAUUGCUGAUGUCAAGGUUUGUAGUAUAAAAGGAGUUAUAUUUUGGUUUGUUCUCACCCAAAACUGUUUGGAUCACAUUUGAAGUCAUUAAUCACAGUCAUAUGGAUUUAUUUUAUGCUGCCUUGAUGUGCUUUUUGGAGCUUCAGAGUUCUGGCCACCAGCUGAACUAUUCCUAUAACAUUUUUUGUG